ACUUUUGUCUGACUCUGUUUGUUUAGCUGCGAUGGCGGUUGAUGGACUCAUAUCUUUGGUUUCUCUGGAUUGUGUUUUUACUGAUUAAUUAAUAAAUGGAAAAAAAGAGAUUCAAUAUCAAUUUGGACGACACCGCGUUCACAAAGGAAACACCGGUGACAUCUUUAUUUAAGGUCAAAGAUGGUCAAGUAGAGACCUCAUCUGCUCAGAAUGCUCCUCCAGCUCCCGGCCAGCCUCUGUCCUAUGCAGAGUUCGUUGUUCAGAGCAAAAACAGGGCGCCUCAGGGAGCAGCCCAUGGACCAGAGAAACAAAGUAGGAGUGAUGCUGCAGGGCAAAGCAGUGUAAACACAGCUGGUAGUGGAUCAGUUAGUACAUCCUCCACAGACUCUGGAAAACCUGAGACUGAGCAGCAGGGACCAGAAAAAGUACCAACAGAAGAUCAAAUGAAAGAGGAAAGUCAGAGUUCGGAGAGUUGUAUCAUUCCUCCUCAUCUCUUAGGAUCCGGAAACAGUAUUAUUGUCAGUCCUCGACAGAGAGGCAACCCCAUCCUAAAGUUUGUGAGAAAUGUUCCUUGGGAGUUUGGAGAAGUUGUGCCUGACUAUGUUUUGGGGCGGACAACUUGUGCUCUUUUUCUCAGUGUGCGUUACCACAAUUUGAACCCAAACUACAUCCAUGAGCGUCUGAAACAGUUGGGUCAGAGUUUCACCCUCAAAGUGUUGCUUGUCCAGGUUGACGUGAAAGACCCUCAUCAUGCACUGAAAGAGCUUGCUCGAAUAUGCAUCAUGGCUGACUGUACCCUCAUUUUGGCCUGGAGUCCUGAAGAAGCAGGCCGUUACCUUGAGACUUAUAAAUCCUAUGAGAAGAAACCUGCAGAUGUACUGAAAGAACAAGUGGAGAAAAAUUACCUGUCCCAGGUUACAGAUUGUUUAACCACAGUAAAGUCUGUCAAUAAGACAGAUGCCAUGACUCUCCUGUCUACUUUUUCUUCUUUUGAGGGCAUCAUUAAGGCCUCUAAGGAAGAACUAGUUUUGUGUCCUGGACUUGGUCCACAAAAGGCAAGAAGGCUUUAUGAUGUACUGCAUCAGCCUUUCAUAAAAACCAAGAAGAAGGAAGGCUGAUAAAGCCAAACUGCUUUUAAUGAAAUCACCAACUGUCUUCAAACAGAGUGCCUAGAAUAAGGAUCUGGGGCCAUAUAGCACAAGGUCUUCUGGAGUCUUCACGGUCUUUGGCCUAUGAUGAUCUCUGCCUUUAAUUGGGGCAUAAACAGCCAUAAAUGCAGUGGUUUAUUUAUUAAUUUUUGUAUAAAGUGUAACCUUCUUUUGUAAUUCUGUAAAUUCAAUCUGACUUAGUCAAAAAAAAAAAAUUCUUGUGUGUUUAUGAAAAAUUUAAUAAAUUUCAAUUAUAUUCAUCA